GGUGCAAUCCUCCCAUGAGGAAACACGUGAUGUCUCCUCUAGUGAUAUACCUCAUUGGUUCUGUCUGAGGUGGCGCUCCUCGCCACGCAGCGGCGCUUUUGUGCAGCGUGGCAGUUGAGCAGAGCACGAGGAAGGGCUGCGGGAGCAGGAAUGUCGGCGGGUUCUGUGAGCGCGAGCCUCAUCCGCUGCCUGAUACCCGCCGCGCGGAGGAUCACCGCGAGGACACCGGUCGGGACUAAAAGCAGAGCGCGCGGGGGCACGCGGCAGAUGGCUACAGCAGGAAAGCUGGUGUCCGGCAGAGAGGGCCGCCCGACUGUGGUCUGUGUUGAGGGGAACAUCGCCAGCGGGAAGACCACAUGUCUGGAGUACUUCAGCAGAAUCAGUGACAUCGAGGUUCUGCCAGAACCCAUUUCCAAUUGGAGGAACGUCCGCGGACACAACCCCCUGGCACUCAUGUACCAGGACCCGGAGCGCUGGGCCAUCACUCUGCAGACCUAUGUCCAGCUCACCAUGUUGAAGCAGCACCUGUCUGCCAGCUUGGCUCCUGUCAGGAUGAUGGAAAGGUCCAUCUUCAGUGCCAAACACAUCUUUGUGGAGAACCUCUUCAGAAGUGGGAAGAUGCCAGAGGUGGACCACGCUGUUCUGAGCGAGUGGUUCGACUGGAUCACAGCAAACAUCUCGCUGCCAGUGGAUCUAAUCGUUUACCUGCAGACGUCUCCUGAGACCUGCCAUGAGCGGCUGAAGAGGCGCUGCAGAGAGGAGGAGAAGGUCAUUCCUCUGGAGUACCUGCAGUCCAUCCAUCAGCUGUACGAAGACUGGCUCCUCAGGCAGACCCUGGCACCGCUGUUGGUGAUCCCUGCAGACCACGACCUGCAGGGAAUGCUGCGACAGUACGAGGAGCACAGGGAGCAGAUCCUGACCCCGCGUCACCCUUCAUGACCUGCAGGGAGAUGUGUGGACAGAUCCGCUCUCUGGAAGAGCUAGGAUCUGUUCGACCUGUCAUCACAUGGACAUCAACUUUCCUCUCCGACAGAUUCCCAGCUGCUUUUUUCCCGCUGACAUUCAUUCCGUCCUCGUUUUUAGUGGAGUUUGUUCCAGGAGAGUUAUCUGCAUUGACCCUGAUCUUUCUUGUUUGGCUUUGAUGUUGAACAUCACACAACGUAGAAACUUUUUUAACUCUUGAAGACAUUUUUGUUUUUCUCCAGUUGGUUCCUCCAAACGGAGGAUCUGUGAUUUGUAUGAAGCUUUUAGUUGGAAGUAAAGCGAACUAUUUUUUACAAAGAUCCUAAAUAAAAGCGAUGGUUUGUAUGUUCUGCCAGUAUGAUCUGUGAGAUACCACAGAACCACAAUCUAUGCUACUGAUCUACAGCAGAACGAGGAAAAACAUUGAGGUGCUGCAGUGACUCAGCCAAACUCCAGAACUUCAACCUAAAAGAUGCUUUGGAGAGCUUCACCUACAUCAGCUGAAGGGUGUCGUUCCUCUAGAACAUCGAGGGAGACGCUGAGAGCAUUAGACUGAAAACAUAGCAGAUCUUCCUCUGCUCGAUCCCUCAUCCUCCGUUUGUGUUCAUGAAUAUGUUUGUUGCUUCUGUUAUGACGGAGCCUGCAGGCUCAACCGUUGGGUUUUCUGAAGGAGCAGCGUUUCUGUUCCUUCCACUUUGUAGAAAUCUGUGUUGUGAUUUGUUUGCUGAGGGGAAAGUUUGGAAGCAGCAGAACUUCUAAGGUUUCACUGAGCAUCAUGGAAAAGCAGGGACUGUCAGCAGCUGAACCUGAUCCUCACAAUCAACAGGUUCAAGUGAUCCAGGGGGUUCCCCAGUUUUUUCCCCAACCUUUGUGGGGAAAAUGACAAAUCCUACAGCUGCUUCCAAAAUGCUUUCUUUAUGGAAAAGCAUAUAAAAAAGAAAACUUUGAGUUUUACAACUGACAGUGACAUCCUGGAACAUUAGAAUAAAUAAGUAAACUAACUGGU